AUCAGACAAUUCUCCGACGACACAUUACAGUUUCUUCCGAUCAAAUCAAGAGAUCAGUUUAAAGAUGUCAACAGAAGAAGAAAACGUUCCAACGACGGUUGAUUCAGGAGCUGCUGAUACAACGGUGAAAGCUCCGGAGAAGAAAACGACGGCGAAAGGUGGUAAAUCUAAGAAAACGACGACUAAAGAAGCUAAAACGACGACGAAGAAGCCGGUGAAAGCUGCUGCUCCAACGAAGAAGAAAGCUUCUUCUUCUCACCCUCCCUAUGAAGAGAUGAUUAAGGACGCUAUAGUAACGUUGAAGGAGAGAACUGGAUCUAGUCAAUACGCGAUUCAGAAAUUCAUAGAGGAGAAACAUAAAUCUCUUCCUCCUAAUUUUAGGAAGCUUUUACUUGUGAAUCUAAAGAGACUUGUUGCUUCUGAGAAAUUGGUUAAAGUCAAAGCUUCUUUCAAGAUUCCUUCUGCUAAAUCCGCCGCUACACCUAAACCGGCUCCGGUUAAGAAGAAGGCAACUGUAGUAGCUAAACCUAAGGGUAAGGUUGCUGCUGCUGCUGCUCCUGUUAAAGCUAAAGCGGCUGCUAAAGGAACUAAGACUAAAGCUGUUGCUAAGCCUAAGGUUACUGCUAAACCUAAGGCUAAGGUUACUACUGCUAAACCUAAGUCUAAGUCUGUUGCUGCUGUUUCAAAGACUAAAGCUGUUGCUGCUAAGCCUAAGGCUAAGGAGAGACCAGCUAAAGCUUCUAGGACUUCGACUAGAACAUCUCCUGGGAAAAAAGUUGCUGCUCCUGUUAAGAAAGCGGUUGCUGCGACGAAGAAGGCACCGGCUAAGAGUGUGAAGGCUAAGACUGUGAAGUCUCCGGCGAAGAGAGCUUCGACUAGGAAGACGAAGAAGUGAAGAAGAUGGGUUUAGGAUAGGUUUGGGGGGAGAUUGAAUACAUGGUGGUGGUUAGC